AUGGGUGAGAAGCUGGCUGUUGAUGCAGUUGCAUCUGUGGUGCUCCAGAAACUAAGGGACCUGCUGGUGGAUGAGUCAUUUGCGAGCAACAAGAUCAUCGGACGCCGCCUCCAGCGGAUGAAGGAGACCAUCGAGAAAACGAGCUGGCGCUCAGACGAGGAACCAAAGGCUGAAGAAAUCAAGAAAUUGAGCCAAGAGUACCUUGGCCAUCUCUACUCCAUCGAGGACUCAAUCGAGUCCUUCGCCCUUCGUUUCAACCGCCAGAGGAAGAAACUGGGAUGCCUCAUCAAUCAUGCCCUCUUCCCCAAGAAAUUCACAGCUCUCAAAAUGCUCGACUCCAAACUCUACAACAUUCAUACAAAGGUUAAAAAGCUCAACAGUCGAACAAGCACAACCGGCAGCACCAGCAACAGAGAUAGAAGCCUGCAGCAACAUAAUGAACAAGAAGAUCAUCAAGAGACUUCCACUGAUGAAGAAACUGAUGCUGGGAGCCCAAGCAUGUGGCGCAACAAGAGCAGUCCCGAUGUUGGAAACAUACACAAAAGGCCAACAAAUCUACGCAGGAACAACUCCUGCAAAGUGCUCUCGCGCAGUAAUGCCUCAAUGAUGCGAGAGAGGUGGGAGCAUUCGAAGCUCAUGUAUAGUUAUUCCUACAAUAAGGAAGAACUAUCCAUUGUCGGAUACCAAGGCAAGCUGCAAGAUCUCCAGUUUAGGCUGGAGAAUCCGGAUCACCAGAUAAUCUCCAUUGUAGGCGAACUGGGCUCAGGCAAGACAAUGCUGGCUCGCGCCAUCUAUGGCAACAGAAGCAUCAAAAACAAGUUCAAGGCUGCUGCUUGGGCAAACAUUUUCAAGGAAUCUACGACGACGGACGUGUUGCUCGCCUUGCUGAACCAGGUGAAGAAAUCGGAAGUGCAAGAUGGGAGCAAUGAGGAGUCUCUCAAAGAGAGGCUGGCGCAGGAACUGACCGGUCAGAGAUACUUGGUCGUGCUGGAUGGAGUUCAGUCUUCGGAUCAAUGGAAAAGAAUUAAAGAUGCUUUCCCGGAUCAACAAAAUGGGAGUAAGAUAAUCAUAACCACCCGCGAUGAGCGAAUGGCGAAGCAUGCAGAUCUAAAGAGGCACUCGUAUAAUAUGGAGAAGCUGAACCCUGAAGAGAGCUGGACUUUGUUCAUGACAAAGGUGGGCACACUAAAAGAUCCAGAAAAGCCUCUGAAGAAGAGAAUUAUUAAGGCUUGCCAAGGGCUGCCCUUGAAUAUAGUUCUGCUCGGCAGUCUGUUGUCGAUGAAGGGCAGAGAAAAGUGGUCCGAAACACUCAACAGCGAUAGAAAAUGGCAAGCCUCGGACAUUAUGAAGUUGAGCUACAAUGAUCUAGAUCACCAUCUGAAACUGUGUCUCAUCUACAUGACACUGUUUCCCAAAGGACUCGACAUUCCAGUGAGGAGACUGCAACGCUUGUGGCUUGCGGAGGGAUUCGUGGAACGACCACAGAAAGAAGGCAAGUUCCAAGAAGAUGUGGCACAAGAGUAUUUUGAAAAUCUGGUCAAGCGCAGCUUGAUAAUGGUGUCCAAACAACGGUCAGAUGGAAGCGCUAGAAGGUGCCAGUUGCUAGGUGCCAUUCACGACCUCUUGUUGGAACAGGCUCAAGAUAUCCACCUCUUCCAUGUUCAUCCUGGAUCAGAUAGUCGGUUUGGUACGCGUAGACUCAUCGAGUAUGCUGAUGCCAGGAAUGGCCAACCCGAGCCUUCUCAAAUGAGACAUGUGAGGUCUUACAUAUCUUUCAACCUACAGAAAAAGGAUACUCAAGCAAAGCAUGUGAGCCCUCUUGUUAGCAAAAUGGGCAAAGGGCUCGGCUUGCUCAGAGUUCUUGAUCUUGAGGGCGUAUACCAACCCAGUUUGCCAGAUAAUCUAGGCGACUUGUUUCAUUUGAGGUACUUAGGAUUGAGGUGGACUUUCUUAGACAAGCUUCCUAAAUCGGUUGGUGAACUCCCUUAUCUUCAAACAUUAGACCUGAAGCAUACCAGAAUAGACAAAAUCCCGCCCACUAUUUGGAAACUGAAAAAGCUCCAGCAUCUCAAUCUCGAUGAUGUUCAUCUAGACAAGGAUACGCUUCUGCACAUGUACAGGUCCUUGCCACAACUCCUGACUCUCUGGGGAUUAUCAGUCAGCCACGAGAGCCCAAUUCAAAAUGGUUUGAGCAAGCUGCAACACUUGAGAGAAUUGGGCAUUUCUUUUCGUUUCAUCAAGUCUCAAGGCAGAGGUCCAUCUACAGAGGCUUUGGUGGAUUGGAUUUCCAAGCUAACAGAUCUUCGGUCAUUGAGGCUGCGAUCCAAUGAUGAAUUUGGGAAACCUUCAGAUCUUAGUUUAAAGCCGUUUUCAGGCUUGGUAAAACUUUCUCACAUGAGGUUACUUGGGAAGUUGCAACAACUUCCUCCAUUGGAUCAGUUCCCACCUCAUAUUAAGGUUCUCACAUUAUCAUUGUCAUUUCUGUCCGAAGAUCCCAUGCCAAUCCUUGGACAGCUCCCAGAUUUAACAGUUUUAAGGCUGCUCGGUAACUCAUACCUUGGAGAGACGAUGGUCUGCUCGAGUGACAGAUUUAAGAAUCUUGAGGUGCUAAAACUAUGGAUGCUCGAAGGUCUCAAGAAAUGGGAAGUGGAAGACGGCGCAAUGAAGAAACUCAAAGAGGUCAACAUCAGAUGUUGUCCCAAACUGGCAAACUUUCCGAGCAGCUUGUUGCAGCAGAAAACAUUCCAAGAUUUGAUCUUAAACAACAUGCCCCCUGAAUUUAAGGAAAACAUUGAGAGCGAUUAUCAGUUCAAGGUCUCCACCAAAGAUUUUUAA